UUCUUGAGGCUGUUCCUCCACCGUAUGCACCUUCUCUUUUGUCUUUGCUAAUAAUUUGCAGACUAUGGGACAAUCCUUCAAGAAAUUUGCAAAUGGUGAGCAGGGGGAUAAUAAUAUUGGUCCAGUGAUAGAAGAAUGCUACGAGCAUCAUUUUAAGAACGCUGAGAAAGGGAGCUUAGAAAAGUUUUGCCGUGCAGUCUGCCUAACUGUCGAAGAUGUCAACGAAAAGCUAGGGAGCACACAAUUUAGGUUGCCAGAGAUUAAGACACUCGAGCGACUAUACAAAGAUUAUCAGAUAUGUGGAGGAAAAUCUUUGACAAAGGAAGAGUAUCAGAAAAUGCUUCAGGAAAUCAUUGUUGAUACAAAAGUUACUGGCUCUAGAGCCAAAGACAUAUUGUUAUACUUGUUUGGAGUCCCAAUCACUGCAUUAUUAAUCAAGCAAAGCGUUAUUCCACAAGCCGUUCGUAAUGAGAUCUUUAUUCCUGGCGUCACUUCUGCAACAGUUUUUCUUCUAGCCAAACUCCACCAGAUUUAAAAAAUGAUUCCAAUCUCUUACUAUAAACGUGUGAAUUGUAAUUCUCAACUUCUGUACUUGGGUUUUAUUGUAUUUCUUAUUUUCCAUCAUGUUUUUAUCCAUCAUCAUAUUUAAAUUGUGAAAUCUACUCAUUUAUAACAGAUAUGAUAUGCCCGUGCAAGUGCAAGCACGGGCCCACAAAUUGAGAUUUAA